UGCUGGCCGCUGGCUGGCUGGCGGAUCCGCCGGAGCGUACAGCUGCGAUGACAGGAGGCAUCGAUUUGUCGACUUUAAAUACUUAAUUUCCAAAAGUGAGCCCCUAGUUGGAAAGUCUUCUAUAAAUAGUUAUGUGUCAUUGAGAUGUUGGUGUAUAAUACCACUGUAUGUAGCCGUGCAUCCAAGAUAUAAAAAGAGUGUAAUUCUCCGUUUAGAAUAUAAAUAGUUACUCAGUAGUUGGGUACAGACAGCCGUGCAGCUGUAGGAAGCCAGGUCAGGUAGGGGACAUGCAAUCAAUUAAACAAUCUGUAGCUGAUGGUCCAUGUGACAGUCUUUAUCCACCACCAUCAUCACCAUUACGCAUGUCCGUGCCUCUCUAUGAAUGAUGACAGGAGAGCCUCUAGGAUGGAAGCAGAGCGAGAGAGAGAGAGAGAUGAUGUGUCAGUCCUUGAACCUCAAGCCUCCCACAGCAGGCUGGCAGCCUGAGGGGAACCGGGCUCCACUCCUGCUGCACAUCCAGCUGUCUGAAAGGCAUCUUGCUUUUUUCCAUCCUCUCUGGAGCACUGUUCACCUCAAGGGUCAGCUGUGGCUCUUGAAAUGAAUGCUGCAGAGCAGGCUUGUUCGCAGGUCGGACUUCUUUCUCAUCCUUGAUUGAAGAUUAUCAUCUUUCAUCACACUGGAGAAAAUUGGAUGCAUGUUUUCAACAAUACAGACAAUUCCCAGUCAGAGUGGUUCUUCUUCACGGGUUCCGUGUGAUUAGAUAGGGUAACCUACUUUACUGACAAAGCUGGAACCUGGAUCUCCCACACAGGAAAUCAAACUUCAGCCUCUUUGCCCCAAGAGAUGGUUGCUAGCAGUUGCAAGCCAAGAGAUUUACGUGGGCUCACACGACUUCAGCAAGAACCACUCUGCCUCUGCCUCCAGACCUCCCCCGACAUAUCUCGCCAGCUCGAGUGCAGGAGGGACAGACGGCUUCUGAACCGAGCCUCCCACCAUGGAUGCUGAACAUCUCCCCUGAAGUUUCUUCAGUCCAGGACUCAGCAGGGGAGAAUAUGAAAGAAAGCCUUUUGCAGAUCAGCUGGGUUGUAGUAACAGUGUUCUAGUGCAUGCGCUGCUUUGAGAUCAGUUUUGUUUAUACGUGCACCAAAAAAAAAAAAAAAAGGUAAUCGCAAGAUCCUUUAUAUUGUAAGCUAAAGACCAAUGAGAACCCCCGCAGGGAUCUGACGAUCCCCUCUGAGCAGCACAUGAUGGCGAUGGGCAGGUGAACUCCCUCCCUCAGCUGGUUUUACUCCUGUAGUAAGACAGGCUGGGGAUGCAGGAAUGCAAGUUCUCUCUCACAGAGCAGCAUUAUUUUUAAGGGGAGUUUGAAGUUAAUGUGAGCAGAUGAUGAUUUUUGCAUAGUUUUGUGCUUCACACUCCUUCCUGUUUCACUCAGGACCAAACCGAGUGCCCUGGAAUUAGUGACAUGCUCAUCUUGUGUAAUCAGGGUUGGCUGUUUACAGUUAAUGGAUGCACUUCUGCACUGCCCGUGCCACAUUAGAAAUGAUUGAUCCAGCCUUAAUGCCCUUCCUACAUCACUUCUUACGGCCUCAGCACUUUGCCCCUCUGCGCGGAAACAUCAGCAGCUCCUGGUUAUGCGUAUUGACGGUGAUGACCUUUUCCCUCAUAAAUAUCUGUCAGAGCUACAUGGCUGCCUGCUAGGAGGCACACAGGAACAUCAAAUAACCCGACGAGCUGCUGCUACUACCAGAAAGACAAUCCCCACCCGUCUCUGGCUGUUAUCGAGAAAUAUUUAGGCUUUCGACCAGCACUUAAGGAUAUUUAGUGCAGCAUUUCUCAGAAAGCUGGGAAGCUACCCAAAAGAUGUUCUCAGAAUGCACAAAUUGGCCUUUAUCGAACAUUGUCUUCACUCAGCUGUCUGCAGGAACGCUGGUUUCUGCUGACUCCGUAUGAACAAAGUUGUUUUUGAGUUUUAUUUUUAAAAUAAAUGACCCCAGAGACUGGCAGGGAAAGCCAGAAUGAAUUGGGGGGGAAAAAAAUCCGCUUUCAUUUUUCUGGAAAUAAUACACCAACGCUGCCGUUAAACAGAAGAAUGAUUCAGUAUGAAAUGCUCAUUGUUUGUCUGCGUUAUCAGCGUGCUGUAGAUGUACAGGCAACGUCGAGAAGCAGAUGGGUUUCUUUUUUCCUGUUCUGAUUGGAGCGAGUUCUCUUAAGGGUGCUCACUUUAGUCUAAAUUAAUAUUCACGCCCUGAAACAUUUGCUCCCUUUCCCGCUCCUUGAGAUUCGAGAAUAGGCACCCCGGGUUUGUAAAGAUUAAUCCAGUUAGCGCAGAAAUCGAGUCUCCCGUGCUCAUUAUCUGUCAUUCCACAACCGCCUCCUCUAUCUUGCACUAGUUCUCCCAUCUGUGUGUCUUUGGGUUUCACCGCUGUGCCUUAGCAAAAGGUAGAUGAAAUAUUCACCAGGAAAGCUGUUGUUUCCCUCAGGGUCUCCAACUCCUCUACCCCACCCCCUUCUUCCAAACGCUCCAACGCCCCUCUCUCCUCUCCUCCUCUUCCCCCCGCUGCUUCUCCUAAUAUUACUCUCCCUCCAUCCCAUCUGUACCCCACUGCAUCCCUCUGAUAGUAUCAUUGAUGGAGCCCCUGCUAAAUUAUGCAUGGAUUAUAUGAAUUAUAUCUUGUAGCUUUUCAUCUACAUUGUCCUCUCCCUGCCUCCAGUUACUUCUGUUUUCUGCUAAUGUUUUCUUAAAAAAAAAAAAACUUUAGUUUUUGGCUCGCAUCGAAUCCUCCUUUGAUGAGGUCCUAUAUUUAGCUGUUGUAUUUAUCUUCUCACUUUCAUGCCUCCCUUUGAAACGUACCAAAAACAGAAAAAAGCCUUGGAGGACGGGGAAAGUUGCGACAGGAUCAGAAUGCUAUAGAAGACCGCCGCUUUUGAAUAGAGGGCAGAGGACGGGCAAGAGCAGACCGGGCGCCUGCUACAGAGACUGUAAAAGUUCCUCUGGGGAUUAUGCAAGUGCCAGACAUCAGAUGUGUCUUAAAAGGAACAUACGGAGGCCCUCUUCAAAUGCCGGCUACCCUCUGGUGUUCCAUAUUGACCACUUAUCCCCAACAUGUCUCCGUAUUUCACAUAUUCCACAAGUAUCACACGAGAGAGCGCGAGCCCCUCUAGUAGCUGAAAGGAGAAAAAUGAAUGAAUGGAGAAGAAAGCUGUGUUUGCUGGCUCCAUGUGAAAGCGUAGCGAGUCAGGCAAGCUGAAAGAAUCUAAUCAGGCGACUGUGUGACAAUAUUCUGCUGAGGAACAAUGUCUCAUGGCUCAUCAUCCCUGUUUUCAGAAGAGUGCCUCUCUGCCACCCCCUGCUGACCAUGCGGAGUGUGGGUGCAGUGGUCCUGGCGCUCGCCGCUGCCGCACUCAGCUCGGCAGACUCCGACACGUACCGACCGAGACACGACUCCAACCUGGAGAUCUACAAGCGGCUGUUUGAGACCAAGAGGAAAGAUCAGCUGAAUGCACUCAAGAAUCUAGUAGAGCUGAACGACAUCAACCAGCAGUACAAGAUCAUAGACAUCAUGCUCAAAGGACUCUUCAAGGUGUUGGAGGACUCCCGGCAGGUCUUGGUUGCGGCCAACAUGCAGCCCGAUGACCCCUUCCCCAUGGACGAUAAGAUCAAAGAAGCUUAUUCCCACGUAGUGGAGAACACGGCGUUCUUUGGCGACGUGGCAUUGCGUUUCCCCCGUAUCGUCCACCACUACUACGACCGGAACGCCGACUGGAGCGGCCUGCUGCGCUGGGGGCUGAACUUCUGUAACCAGACGGGGGUUUUCACAGGAGGAGCCCACCAGCAUGUCCUCACACUUAUGUCACAGGAGCUGGGAAUAACAGAGAAAUCCCCAGACUUUAUAAACCCGUACCGCACAGAGAGAGAUGAUGUGCUUCACACAGCCGAGGCUUUCCAGAAGAUCCUGAGGGAGGAGGAGAAGAGGAGGAGGAAGGAGGAGAAGAGGAAAGAGAUCAGGAAAGGACCUCGCAUAUCCCGCUCUCGCACCGAGCUAUAGCGCUACACCUCACCGAGCGUGAAGAGCAGAGGAGAGGGAGGAAGAGGAGGAGGAGGAAGAGAUGAGAAGGCGCGUACACUCGCAGUCCACAAGGGGUGGCUUGACUUGUAGACUCUGGUGACAGUGAAGAAAAACAAAAAGCUGCCGUCACUUGUACAAAAGCCAGGUGCUCGAGAAAGAGAGAGAGAGAGAAAACCUGAGUGUGACAGGAGGAGGGGGUUAGUCCACAUCUGGGAAAAGCCUGAGCUGCUGUACAUCAGCAGUUCUUUAGAAUUUGAGGGGAAGGAAAAAAUAACUAGAUAAAUAACUCUGGAGAUGAAGUUAAGGCAAACUCAUUUUUGAUAACUUGAAGAUUAUGUAACUGAACUUUGGGAUAUUAAUUCAUUUUAGUCUAAUCGUUUUUCUUCAAAACUUUGCGAAGCCCCUGCUGUACUGUAUCUGGUCUUGGUUUAAUGUGUCUAAAAUCCCAUACGCUUCAAGUAGGUGCGAUUGCCAAAUUUGACCUUAUGGAAAUCUGGCGUGUUUAUGGUUGGGUUAGGCUCGACCGCUGAUUGAAUAUUAUUUCUAAGAGCUGUUGAAUUUCUCAAAGGAUGUUUGUGAAUAGGCAGAUUUACAUUCCCACUGCUGCUCAGAAUUAAUAAGGAGACAUAAUUAUGUUGCGUUUGCCUGAAGGAUGCCGUAAUGACAAAGAUGGGUUCAUUUUUAUGUAUGCUAUUUUAUUUCCAUCUGAGGGACUCAUUUGAGAAUUUUUUUUUAAUUGACCAUAUAGUUUUUUCUGCCUUAAUGAGCCUUCACAUUAUUUUUAUCCUGUCAACCAGAAAUACAACAUGUGACCAUUCAUCUAGAAGUCCCUCGUCUUUAACCUUUUUUCCAUAUUUUUUUCCCUUCCUUUUUAAAUUGACACGUUUUGUGGAUUCAGAGCUACACAAUUGAGACUGAUGUAAUUUUCAUAUAGUAAUAAUGACUGUUAUGAAAACUAUAUGUAUAUUCAGAGAAAAAUAUCAGUGCUGCAGAAUGAACAAGCCAUUUUGUUAACACGUGUAAUGAAAUAAAGUGACUCUGAUACAUAAGGAAGAAAAUUAUAUAUAUAUAUAUAUCAAUAUAUAGAUAUAUAUUAUAUUUGUACUUCAUGUGGCUUCAUAGUGUAGGGAUGUCAAUCUCAUUUUACAUUGUGGGCCACGCACAGCCCUCUUUGACCAUAAACGGGCUGGACCAGUGAAAGUACAAAAUAAAUACUACAAGUAAAAUGACAGAAAACGCUCUGGUAGUUCAUUACACAGACUGUCCCUGUACUUAUAUAAUAUAAAGGUUUUGUUAAUUCA